AUGACGGGGAUUAACAAUGGGGUUCAUAAAGUGCUGAAGGAGGAGUAUGGCCUUAAAGAUCUGGUUCUUAUUCGCUGUGUAUGUCACUCUCUGCAGCUUGCUGUGAGCCAUGCUUCCAAUGACACCAUCCCCCGUAGUGUGGAGUACUUGGUACGGGAGACUGGUUUCCCCCUUCCACUGGAUCAGUUCUGUGGAUCUGAAUUGAGGCUGGAAGAUGCUCCAUCAGACUCCAGCUCUGUGUGUGGAGGAUUUGGGAGAAAAAUGAGGAGCUGCAUCCCUGGCAACUUCAAAACGGAGAUCAUAGAGAUACUGAAAUUAGCUGGACCUGUGUUUGUUUCACAGUUGAUGAUCUUCAUGAUCAGUUUCAUCAGCACCAUGUUUUGUGGACACCUGGGGAAAACCGAGUUAGCCAGUGUUGGUCUGGCUACAGCUGUUAUUAAUGUCACAGGCCUGUGUGUUGGGAUAGGUUUGGCAUCGGCAUGUGACACACUUAUCUCUCAGACGUUUGGGAGCAAUAACCUGAAGCGUGUUGGAGUGAUCCUGCAGAGGGGCAUCCUCAUCCUUCUGCUGGCCUGCUUCCCCUGCUGGGCCAUCCUGAUCAACACCGAGUCCAUCCUGCUGGCUGUUCGACAAAGCCCCAGAGUAGCCAGUCUCUCACAGCUGUAUGUAAAGAUAUACAUGCCUGCUCUGCCUGCUGCUUUUAUGUACCAGUUGCAAUCAAAAUAUUUGCAGAAUCAGGGUAUAAUAUGGCCUCAGGUGAUCACAGGGGCUGCUGGGAACAUCCUGAACGCUUUAAUAAACUACAUCUUUCUUCAUUUGCUUCAUCUGGGCGUAGCUGGUUCUGCGAUGGCAAACUGCAUUUCUCAGUACUCCUUGGCCGUGUUUCUUUAUGUCUACAUUUGUUGGAAAGGUCUGCACAAGGCCACGUGGGACGGCUGGUCUUGUGACUGCCUGCAGGAGUGGGGUCCUUUCUUUCGCUUGGCCUUACCUAGCAUGCUAAUGCAGUGUGUGGAGUGGUGGACUUGUGAGAUUGGAGGAUUCCUGGCAGGUCUGAUCAGCGAAGCUGAGUUAGGGGCCCAGUCUGUUUUGCAUGAGCUGGCCACUGUUGUGUACAUGGUUCCUUUCGGCUUUGGCGUGGCAGCCACCGUGAGAGUUGGAAAUGCUCUCGGAGCAGGAAACACACAACAAGCAAAACUUUCCUCCAGAGUCUCUCUGUUCUGUGGAAUCUCGGUCUCUCUUCUGCUUGCUGCUGUACUAACUGGAAGCAAGGACGUCAUUGCUUACAUCUUUACCACUGAACUAGAAAUUGUCCAAAAAGUUUCACAAAUCAUGGUUUUGUCUGGCAUUUUCCAUGUGCUUGAUGCCAUUGCAGGUAUUACGGGCGGGAUUGUCCGAGGUGCAGGAAAGCAGCUGCUUGGUGCUGGGUGUAUUCUAGUGGGCUACUAUUUUGUGGGUUUCCCGAUCGGAGUGUCGCUCAUGUUUGCACUCAACAUGGGAAUAGUUGGUCUGUGGUGUGGGUUCUUUGUAUGUAUCUUCUUGCAGUCUCUUUUCUUCCUCAUUCUGAUCUUCAAACUUGACUGGAAACAUACAACUGAAGAGGCCCAGAAAAGAGCAGGCGUACAGGCAGCCGAGGCCAAAAAUGAAUCCUACGUUUUAGAAAAUAAGUGUGCUGAUCAAGACACAGAUAUACAACAGGAAGCCCAACCCAGUGAAAGAAACCAGACUGAUGUAGAGGCUAAAGGAGAAAAUGAUGAAGAAAGUGCUGCGAAGGUUGGAGUAACGGUCAUUGUGGGUGACAUUCUGACCACCAAGCAGCUGGUUGUUCGCCGAGGACUGACUGUUUUCCUGAUGAUGCUAAUCCUCGCUGGUGGGAUCACAUUAAACGAGAUUCUCACGGGCCUCCUCAGAUGA